AUGAGCAGCUCGAACGAAUCAACGCAAACAGCGCACACAGCGCACACACACGCGCGGCGUGCUAAGGUUCCGCUGCCAGGCAUAGCGAGGACAGCGUACGAUCUACGCAAGCCGCAAUCAGCAUUAUCAGCAUCAGCAUCUCUAACAAACCAACCACACCACUCCCAAUACCAAUCAGAUGGAUUCAUCGGGCGCGGCACACCUCCACGAGGACCUCCGAAGCAGUCACUCCCAGUGCGUACGUCGAAGCUAUCCCAAAAACACGUAUUCCUGCCGGGGGAGAUACAGACGCGAGCGUUGCCGUACGAGAGUGAGAGGGGAGAGAGUACAUCCGGCAGCCACAUGCACCGCCCACCCACAGCGCACGAACAGCAACAAGAAGAAGAAGAAGAGCGAACGUCGGCGCGGUUCAGGCUGGCUGAGCGAAUGGGGAAGGAGGAGCGAGAGCGAGCGUCGCACAAUCGUCUCACCGCAUACGCCGUGGGGGAGCGGUACAAGAUGCGCAGUCUAGCGGCAUACAGCAAGCGGGAGCACAAUGCAUGGGCGAGGCAGUACGAUGAGGCUAUCUACACAGUCUACCAUCGUCCCUUGCUUCCAGGAUACAGCGCAGCUUCGUGUAUUCGUUCAAGCAACCCCUCCCGUAGCCCAGGCGGGGGCAGCAUUAUCGAUAUGUACGAGGAAGCAGACGAGCUACCCCAGCUAGCAGAGAUGGAUCAUAGCCACCAGCGCCCCUUCGACGACGUCGCUAAUAGUCCCCCUAGGAUUGACGACGAUGGAUUUAUUCGCGAGGGUGGUGGCGUUGCUGGCAGUGUGGACGAGAGCGGGAAUGGUAGUGCGAGUGUUGCAGCUAUUCCAGAAAGCAACACGGACGAACCUCGCGACGAUGCCGAUGUGCAGAGCACUGAGUCGAGAAGGCAGACACAGACAAAGACUCAGAAAGAGAAAGCGAAACCGAAACGGAAAUGGAAGACGCAGCUGGAAAGUGUGAAUGAUACGGUAGCGGAGGUGAUACAUUUUGACUAUGGAGUUUCAGUAUUUUACAACAUGACAGAAAGUCAAGAGCGGGAUAUAUUGCAAGACAUGGUGAAUGCCGGUGUAGUAGUCCGACCUCUGCACCCAGAUAGUCGGGAGAUGGAGCAAUGUCACUAUGGUCAAGACAGUAACAUACCAUCGUCGAGGAUAUUGAACGAUUUCUUCACUCUCAAGACUAAUUCGCACUAUUUGAAGCUGUCAUUGGCACAUGCUCUAGCGCAGUCGACGAAAUUGUCUGCGUUUGAAGAAUUGACGCUGGGAGUACUAGAUAGUGCAUCGACUAUACCUAAGGAACUGGCAGCGACAGGGACAUUAGCACUCGAUCGUCGACAGGCUAUACGACUGACAGGAAAGCUAUUCAAAUUGCGUGUGGAUGUUAAUCUGGUGAGUAAUGUGCUCGAUGUACCUGAGCUAUUCUGGUCAGAAGCUGGACUCAAAGCGCUAUACGAUGCGGGGAGGGAUUAUUUCGAAAUAGGAGCGCGGGUACAGACACUGAAUGAGCGGUUAGCGGUUGCGGGAGAUUUGUUAGACAUCAUUCACGAACACGUCAAUGAGCAGGGAAUGAGCAGGAUAACGAUAAUAAUCAUAUGGCUGAUUGUUAUCGCGUGUUUGGUGGCAGUGGGAGAGGUGGGAGCUAGGUUGGCACUGCACGCGCUUAGGCCGGGGAGUGUGACGAUGGUGGAAGGGGGAAUGAGGCGUUUGAUGCGUACGAAUAAGAGGGAUUUGUGGUUUGAUGGUGGUGACGAUGGUGCUGGCGGCGACGGCACCGGAACAAUCAUCUUAAGUACUCAGAGCCCAGCACCUACUUUCGCUUCUCCAGAUGCAGCGACGGACGGUAGAACUACGAUGAUUGGUGGGGGCGUCAGCAGCUUAUCGAUACAGAGCGGUGUUAGCAGUGCUAGUAGCGCUAGUAGUGUUAGCAGUGUUAGCAGCGUUAGCAGCGUUAGUUCUCAGAGCACACAGAGUUCUAUCAGCUCACAGUCAUUGGAUUCGUCGCAGUCAUCGCAGUCAUCGCAGUCUACGCAUUCUCUACAAUCAUCACAGUCAUUACAGUCAUCCCUCUCCUCCCUCUCCUCUUCCUCUUCCCUCUUCUCCGCCUCUCCAUCCGCGACUCUCAGCGACUCGGACAGCAGCAACGACAGAGCGUGGAUUGCUGGUCCUAUUGUCGGUUCUAUCGUCGGCGCACUCGCACUCCUCGGCCUCCUACUCUUCCUCCUCACUCGCAAGCGCAACAAGCAGCGUGCCUUGAGUGGUAAACAAGCCCAAGAGGCGGCGUUGGCGAGUGGUGGGAGUGCUGGUGGUGGUGGUGUAGCUACAGAUGGUGAUGCUACAAAUGGUGCAGCUACAGAUGGUGCUGCUGCAGGUAACACCACAAACAACUCUAACAUGCUCGGCGUAGGCGCAGGAGCAGCAGGUGCAGCAGGUGCAGGCGCCAUCGCAGCAGCCUCAAGCAGACGCUCUUUUACACCCUCUUCCCACUCUCACUCCCGACGCGACUCUCUCCUCGCUCGGUCCAACAGCGAUAGAUCCAUGUUCCGCCCACAUUCGGAACACUCAUUCGGGGCAUGGGAACAGCAAUCGAGGAGUAGCCACGAUAUACUCGCACCACCACCACCACCUAAUAAUGGACAAUCUAAUAAUACUAAUAGACACUCUGUCGCCUCCCCAUUAGACGAACUCGCCAGCCUCGUAGCCCCAGAGCCGCAUAUGCAGUUCCAGCAUAUCUUGCGUCUCCUCAACACAAACGUUGACGGUAAGAGAAAGAUCCAGUACGCAAUGACCGAAAUCAAGGGUGUUGGUCCACGCUACGCCAACGUCGUCAUCAAGAAGGCUGAUGUCGACCUCUUCAAGCGCGCCGGUGAGCUCAACUCUGAUGAGCUUGAGAGAAUCGUCAGCAUCUUGCAGAACCCAACCGCUUUCAAGAUCCCUGCUUGGCUUCUUAACCGUCGCAAGGACGUCAGCGACGGUAAGAACCACCAAGUCGUUUCUAACCAAGUCGACUCCAAGUUGCGUGAUGACCUUGAGCGUCUCAAGAAGAUCCGUGCCCACAGAGGUCUCAGACACUUCUGGGGUAUCCGUGUUCGCGGUCAGCACACCAAGACCACCGGUCGUAGAGGAAAGACUGUCGGUGUCUCCAAGAAGAAGGGCGGUUAA